GGAGAGGCGAAGGAAACGCAGGAUUUCAGCGAUGGAGCAUUAAUAAGAGACAACGGCGAGCUCCCCCGUAGGAGAUAAUUGAUCACAGUCAUCUUCAUGACCAAAGAAGCAAGACCGGCAACGAGAAACGCAAGCGUAACAAUCAUGCAAUUUAAAUACAGACGAAUUUGAGCAGCCGCUUCUUCUUCAAGGUUACACGGCUUGAAGACGCCCCUGCAUCCCCCUUGUCGCAGAUCAGCUGGCUUACGUUGGUUGAUCGUCGCCGGUGCCGACCAUGUCCGUGGAAGAGCAGGGAUACCCCGACGCUAUGCUGUUGAUGGAGGCCGGGCCGGAGUGGAUGCGGACCGAGAUCGAGCGUCUCUCCCGGGAGCUGAGUGAGACCACGAACGAGAAGAUCCAGGCGGCGGAGUACGGGCUGGUGGUGCUGGAGGAGAAGCAGCAGCUCAAACAGCAGUACGAUGACCUGGAGAUGGAGUACGAGGCCGUGAGGCAAGAACUUGACCAGCUGAGAGAGGCGUUUGGACAGGCCUACUCCAACCACAGGAAGGUGGCAGCAGAUGGGGAGAGCCGUGAGGAGUCUCUUAUCCAGGAGUCGGCCUGUAAGGAGGCCUACUACGAGCAGAGGGUCCUGGAGCUCCAAACUGAGCUCCGCCAGGCACGCAACAUGCUCAUCAACACCCAAUCUGAGAACGAACGCCUGAACACCAUCUCUCAAGAGAUGAGAGAGAACAGCCAGAUGGUGGAGCUCCAGAGGAAUCAGCUGCGGGAUGACAUCAAGGAGUACAAGUUCCGGGAGGCUCGUCUGCUGCAGGACUACACCGAGCUGGAGGAGGAGAACAUCUCGAUGCAGAAGCAGGUCUCCGUGCUCAAACAGAGCCAGGUGGAGUUUGAGGGUUUGAAGCAUGAGAUCCGUCGUCUGGAAGAGGACACUCAGUUCCUGAACAGCCAGCUGGAGGACGCUAUCCGCCUGAAAGAGAUCGCUGAGCGUCAGCUGGGGGAGGCCCUGGAGACCAUCAAGACUGAGCGUGAGCUGAAAGCUUCCCUGAGGAAAGAGCUUUCCCACUACAUGAGCAUUGGGGACACUCUGUACCACAGCCCGCUUAGCAUCUCUCUGGAUGGUCUCAAGUUCAGCGACGAUGCCGCCACAGAACCUAACAACGACGAGGCCCUCCACGGUUAUGAGAAUGGUUUCACCAAACUGGCCAACGCCAUCACUGACGACAACCGCAUCUCCACUCCCAAGAAGGAAGAGCUGUUCCAUCCUGCACCCAGCCUCGUGGACGACCUGCUGAGCGAACUUAACAUCUCAGAGAUCCAGAAGCUCAAACAGCAGCUGAUACAGAUGGAGCGUGAGAAGGUCAACCUGCUGUCCACCCUGCAGGACUCCCAGAAACAGCUAGAGCAGGCUAACGGUGCGCUGUCAGAGCAUCAGGAGAAGGUCAACCGCCUCACAGAGAAUCUCAACGCCAUCCGCAAGCUCCAGGCCAGCAAGGAGCGCCAGUCUGCCUUGGACAACGAGAAAGAACGCGAUAGCCACGAAGAUGGAGACUACUACGAGGUGGACAUCAACGGACCUGAGAUCCUGGAGUGCAAGUACAAGGUUGCUGUGUCUGAGGCGGGAGAACUAAAGGAGGAGCUGAAGACUCUGAAAACGGAAUACCAGGCCUGUCAGUCACGUUACGAAGAGGAGCGCACCCGUCUGGAGAACGAUGUCACAACACUGGGAGAGAAGCUGGCAACUUUGCAGAAGACAAGUCAGGCAGAGAGAGAAGAGAACGCUAAGCUGGAGAAGGAGCUGCGCAAGUUGAGUGAUGUGGCAGGCGAGUCCCAGGGUAGCCUGAGUGUGGCACAGGAUGAGCUAGUCACCUUCAGUGAAGAACUGGCCACCCUCUACAACCACGUCUGCAUGUGCAACAACGAGACGCCCAACCGUGUCAUGCUCGACUUCUACAAGGAAGGUAAGGGUGGUCGGAGCAGUCCAGAGGGCCGUGGCCGCCGCUCACCCAUCCUGCUCACCAAGGGCCUCUUCCCCGAGCCUGGUAAGACCGACCUAAGCGAUGGAACCCCAUCACCAGUCUCCUCCCUGCCUUCUCCUGUGUCUGACCACCGCCGUGAGCCUAUGAACAUCUACAACCUGGUGGCCAUCAUCAGAGAUCAGAUCAAGCACCUGCAGCUGGCUGUGGACCGCACCACUGAGCUGUCGCGCCAGAGGGUGGCCUCUUUGGAGCUUGGCACUGUGGCUGACAAGGACAAGGAAGCCUGCAUGGAGGAGAUCCUCAAAUUAAAAUCCCUGCUCAGCACCAAGAGGGAACAGAUUGCAACCCUGAGGACUGUCCUCAAGGCCAACAAGCAGACAGCUGAAGUUGCUCUGACCAAUCUGAAGAGCAAGUAUGAGAACGAAAAGGCCAUGGUGACCGAGACCAUGAUGAAACUGAGGAAUGAGCUCAAAGCCCUGAAGGAGGACGCUGCCACCUUCUCCUCUCUCCGAGCGAUGUUUGCCACACGUUGUGACGAGUAUGUAACCCAGCUGGAUGAGAUGCAGCGGCAGCUUGCUGCAGCAGAGGAUGAGAAGAAGACCCUCAACUCACUGCUGCGCAUGGCUAUCCAGCAGAAACUGGCCCUGACACAGCGCCUGGAGGACCUGGAGUUUGACCACGAGCAGACCCGCCGGGGAGGCAACGCUGGCCGGGCCAAGGCCCGCAGCAAGGCGGCCAGUGGCACCUCCAACAACCCCCACGUAAGUCAGAGUCUCACCUGCUCUGGCUCCGGCCGACCAGAGCACAACAAUGCUGUGCCCAAUGGCAUUCUGGGAGGCCCCGUGGUCUUUUGCAGCGAGAAGUACAAGAUCUACUGCGACUGAGGCGGCUGAGAAGUCCGCAAGGGACUGUUGUGUACAGAGGGGAGGGGGUCUACCGGCCGAACCCUCCCUGCCUUAGUGUUAAAGAGCCCCACUCGCUCGCUUAGCUCCCUGGCCAGCCUGCGCUCCUCUAGGGACUGCUGUGACUAACCAGCUGCUCGUGUGUGCUAGUGUAAACGCUUAGGGGAAUGCAGAUGUAUGUACAGUGUGCACUAGACGUUUGGACUGUAGUAGACAUAUAUGGCAUGUGGAUUAUAAGGCCCCGGUUAUAUUGGGGGUUUUGUGGAUAUUAUGGAGUGUCUAUUCUUUCCGCUGUCUUGAUGCUGUACGUAUGAUGUAAAAGGUGGCAGCUUCUGUGCUUGUUUGUUCCGGCCCCCUGAGUGUAUUGCCUGGUAACAGUAACACAUUGUGGGGGUGGGGACUUGUGAAGAGGAUGUCAGUCUGAUGCUCUUGUAACUAAAUAUGACAUCCUCUGCUCUUCGGCUUGUCUGUUGGCAUCGGUGCUCCUUUAAAAAAAAAAAAAGAAGAAGAAGAAGAAGCCCCCUUCUCUCCCAUGCCUCUCCGUCCUGGUCCCCCAGGACUGACCUGUGUCCAGCAGCCCACUGUCUAAUCAGGUCACUCUUAAAUGUUUACAAGAAGAAAAAGGAACUAAAAUAUGCAAUCUCCCUCUGCUUCGUUGCUAGGGGAGCACGGUAUGAUUCUACACGGAAAUUCAUAACUCGUAAGUGGGUUUUAUGAUGGAAUUGUUUGGGCAGAAAAGGAGCACCUGUGACCACAGGUGUUUAUUUCAGGAUCGUUUUAAAGCUGUGAUGCUAGCACACCAAUCCAAUAGGGUCAGUAGAAUCGCAUGGCUUUGCAGCUAAAAACGCUUAUGAGCUUUUUAACAGUUUUUCUGUUGUCAGGUGUGUGGUACAAGACAAACUCAUGUACUGCAGGGCUCUACAUUGUAAAAAAAAGAGGAGUUAUUUGGUGUCUGGUGAAACACAGGAGGGCUAUCAAUUCCAUGUGACCCAUUAUGUUGCGAUGGAUUCUUUCAGAGCCAUAUUAUAAGAGAGAAAGCAAGUUUGACAAAUCGAUCUCCAUACCCAAAUUAAGUGCACUUCAGCAUAGGUGCCUCAGGUUCCUGCUUCUGUUAAAAUGGAUAUAAUGAUUACUGUGAACAGAGAUACAAUAUAGUUUUGAUCAAAGAUGAUUUUUAAAAUAUGGAGCAAAUCCUAGAAGAGCACAAAUCAAAAAGGCACCCACAUCUGGAUAAUAAAUCUGCAAACAAAACCAACCGACCACUCGGCAAAAGUGCCUGUCGACCCGACCCAAACCCUUGAUGUAUUUAUCUAUCUGCUGAUGUAAAGCCCUGUCCUUGUGUCUCAUCUUGAGCUAACAGUGUUCUUUUCCUUCUCUCCCCCCAUCCUCUGUCUCCCUUCUCUAUUUCUGGAGAGACCGCUCAGAGGUCUCCAGUAAUUUCUCUGUGGUUAUGUGGCUGAAAACCCUUUCCUCAUGUCUCUAAUCUGUGUCUUGUCACUCGGUCGCCAUAACAACCUUCUCUCUUGUAGAUUGUCAGCAGCUUGCUCCCCCAGCAUCACCACUCACCCUUUAACUAGAAUGAGGAAUUGUGGGGAAAGUUGCCCUCUGAAUAUUUUUGUCAGGUAACGUCCUCACGUAUGUUGUGUUCCCAUUUUCUGCCUGUGUGUACAUCAACGUUGAAGUGAAGGGCCCUCGUGUUAUGUAUUAUGUUUUUAACCUUUUCCAAAUGGAGGGCCGCUCAUUUCUUUCUUUGGUGUGUGAGGACAAAGCGACGUACUGUUUUAGUAUCCACAAUAGCUUUAACUCCUCGCAAGCUAGCAUUACGCAAAUAGGAAAAAAAAUAAGUGGGGCUUGUGUUUAAUAAAUCCAUGUACUGCUUGUGGAUCAUAGACACAUUAGCUUUAUGAUGCUAAAAGCAGGGUUGAUGUGAGGAAAUUCUGCAAGAUUGAUCAAAUUAUGACUUUUCUAUUACUAUUAAGCUAUAUAUUAUACUCUAUAUUCUUAAUAAGAUCAUGUUCAGGUUAUAAUCUUGCAGGAUCCUACUACAGUAUUACUUCCUCUCAGAUAUGAAGAGGGGAGUUCAUUUAUUCCUCUGAAAAUGGAACGUCAACAGUCAACCCUGCUUGAGUGUGCAUCCAUAAGCCACAGCACAGAGCAUGGAGACAAGGCUAUCGUACACGUUAGGGAAAAAGAAAAAAAAAAAGCAACCUCCUUAGAGGUCAAUCACUCUUACGUUUGAGAUUCACGUACAAGUGCGAUAUAUUGUGUUUCUAUCAGUUUGCGCUGACAGAGAAGAGGUUUGGGGAGUAGAGGAGGGAGAACUACUCGUGUUGUAAACCAGCUCCUGAGAAAGGAGAUAAGAAAGCUAGACAUGCUGGUGAGGAAAGCCAGAUGUCUGGCUGAGAGCUGACUCUGAUACUGUGGACAAAUGAGUCCAGGGGUUUCCUGAGGGAGAAACUCCUGGUAAUUUUUGGAGGAAUUAAAAAAAAAAAAAAAAAAAGGAAGACUAGUUGUUCAGUCAACCAGAGGACAUUGAUUCAAAUUAGUCGAGCCCUUUACUGAUUCCCAUUGUAAAGGCUCAGUGGAAUCACUGAGCAAUAGAUAGACCCCAGGAUGUGUAACUAGAAUCCCCUCCUCCUAUAUAGAUGAAUUCCCACUUCGCUCCAUCUAGUUUGAAAUCAAUGUCUGGCUUAUCUGGUGUCAUAACAGCAUGCCACCUAAAAAGCUCCUCCUACCUCUGCUUGCAGGCUCCUCCCACUUCACCUUUAAGUUUUACUAGACAUGAUGCAUCAAGUUUCUGAUUUCUUAUAAGCCUGCAUGUCAAAACACCAUAACCCAUUUUUCAUUAACUUGCAUGGCAUAUGAGAAAGACCCAUCUCCUUUGACCUGGGUGGUGGAAUAUGGCUUCAACUCUGUCCUGUGAAUGAAAGGUCAUGGUACUCGUGAGUCAUUGGCUUCCUAACUGCACCCGCAGGAUAACUCGUGGUGAAUGUGCUUUCACAUCAGCUUCUCAGAAACAUGCUGAUGGUGUUGAUAUGACAGAAAGGCUCCUGACAUAACAUCAGCUGCCUUAGGGCUCCUAACAUUGGCUUCUGUUGCUUUGACUAACUACAGCCGCCGUUUACUUUGUCUGUGUGGACUCAGCUGCUGACCAUGUUAACAGUCGCUCUAAAUUGACCGAUAAUGCUAAUGCUGAUCAUUUGUUUGUUUCUCCAUUUUGCAGUAAAUUACAGUAGUUCUGCGCGGAUGACGAAGUACCAACACAAGGUCCAUUCUCACAGCUGAUUGAGUUCGCCGAAAAGAGUUAGCACUGUAGGCUAUUUGGACUUGAAGACAAAAGAUAGCUGCAACAACAAAACAUACGAGAAAAUGCUAAAUGAAAACAGAUUUUUUUAGUCAAAUCAACUGUCCUUCCUUUUCCUUUUGAAUAGUAUAAAGUGAUGCAUAUUACGCUUGGUAUCAUUAGUCCGUGCUGCUGCUGGAAGCCAAUUUCCCACAAGUUCAGUGAACUGAUUGACAUUCAGAAACAGAGGUUGUGAUUGGCUAAUCUGACCCACCAAGGAGAAGUCAGGGGACAGGGGGUUGUUUCUCAGUGUAUCUCAACAAGAUUUUUUUGUUGUUUUAGUUUAUUGUUUUCUUAAUCUGUGCACUUUCAUUAUAUAGGAUUAUAAUACACUAUUAUUAACCUUUAGGAAAGCGUGGUAGUACUAUGGUUUGUGAGUUAUUCAGUAUAGGUUAUAAGACUAUAGGAUUAUACGUCCUCCUAAAUCAACUGAUUUUUAAGAGACUAUUUACUCCAGUAAGGGCUUCACAAACCACAGACCUACUAUUAUGACUUUAUCCUCAAGAUUUUAUCCAUCAAAUAAUCAUUCUCAAAUUGUUUUGUUACAUCAUAUGUUAUGCUGUUGGUUUUCUUUUAUGUUUGUUCUACUGCCAUGUUCUAUACAAAAAAAUCCAGGGUGAUCAAAUUCUGGGGUUUUUUCAUGUAUUUAUUAUUCCUAGGAAUAGUUCAAAAUAACACAAUGAAACUUGACAACGCUCUGACUCAAAUAGGUAAGUUGUGUUUUGGGAAAAAUUUGAGUGAAAUGAUAUGCUUUUCCUAGCUUCUUACCGAGGGCGUUCCACUGAAACGGGAUCACUGACUUUCAGAAUUCUCUGCAAGUGCGACAAUUAAAUUCCAAAUUGGAAUUGUUUCAUUCUCUCUUCGUUUAUCGUGCCAAAUCUUGGUACACCGUUUAGGUUGAAAAGAAUCAAGACUCGGAAAGAAGACAAGCCGUCACUGAGAAAGGUGUAAUUCGGGCCAUGGCUCUCCGCGUGAGUGCCGGGGUUUUGUUUUUGGUUUGUUUAGUUCUUCGUUUCUGACCAGUAGUGCCUUUCAUUGUUUCAAGGGAGAAUCUUAGACUAGAGUUUUAUGUUUUCUUUUUUUUUAUAGGUGAGGACUUUGGGUUCAAAAUGACUGUGAGCAGCAAUAAGUGCAAAGGGAAUGUCCACCCUUUCUGCAUGAGUGAGAUGAUAGUUUUAAAAUUAGCUAAAUAAAACUGAAAUUGUAUUGAAUUCUGCGGGUCAGUGAUCCACUCAAUAAAUUCAGGGGUAUUAAGAAAAGGUUGUUUUUUUAUCAAACUUUGGGAACCAAAAGAAAUCCCUUUGGCCUCCUGUUAUUGAACAAAAUGCUCCAAGCAUCUGUAAUGUGUUGGGGUAGAUCAGUGUACUAUUGGAAACAUCUACGUAUCUCUAGCUUUGUUUGGUGAAGGUAAUGUGAUAUCAAUAGUAUUGUUGAAAAAAUGUGCAGAGAGCGCAUUUUAUCUUUCUUUUUGUCCAAUUUGAGGUUUGUUUGUUUUCUUUUUGUUUCUUUUUUUUUUUAAUUCUUGAAUUUUUUUUUUUUUACAUCAUCUUUAAGCAUUGUGUUUUCAGGAAACAGAAAACAAAAUAAGCAUCAACAAGCUUGAAUAGUGCCAUUAUAGCCAGUGCUUGUUUGUUGAGGCGUUAAAGUUACCAAUACGGACAAGAAGCUAAAAAAAAUAAAGUGCAAUUCAGAUACAGUUUUACAUUUGAAAAAGAAAAAGUUUUCUGUUUGCUGGAAGCGAUAGCAUUGUGAUAAUAAAAUUAGCUGUGCAAACUUUAUAUUGUCAUAUUGUGUUUCAGUAUUGAUCCAUAAUGAGAGUUUGAUAUCUUUAUAUGAAAUAACGACUUCACCUGUAUGUUGGUAUUUAUUUGAAUUGUCAUGCAGUACUGUAUUCUUAUCAAUAAUGUGCAUUAUGAUUAGUGGCAUAUUGAUUACAGCUAAAUGUCAUAUGCAUGUUUCUCAGUCAUGGGACCUUUACACAGAAUUGAAAACAAACAUGUAAACUUUUGUCAGGGUGUUAAAAAAAAAACGGAGAAAAAAAGAAAAGACAAGAGUUAAGUCUGAUGUAUUACUGCUGAAUUAAUCCUAUGAAAGUGUUUUGUUUGUUUUCCAGUAGAGAGGUGGUCUGUCUGUGUAAAGGUAGUCAUACUGGUUAAAAUCAAUAAAUGUGACUUAAGUUCCAA